AUGAAGUCCUUUGAUGCGAUUCCCAGCACCGAGGCCUAUGGGUUGGCCUUGAAAUGUACCCUUUCGGAGCAACAAUUGAAGAUUAAUUCCUUUCCACGUCCAGGAGGUGCUCCAGGAAAGGCAAUUCUGGACAAUUACUAUGGGCAAUACCAUCCGCUCUUGUCCAGCAAUUCAAAUAUGAGAACUUGCAGAAGGUGCCGAGCAUCCUUCUCGAUUGACUGCUACAACAGUCCCGGAAAGGCCGGAACCUGUGUGUCGCAUCCCAAAUCCGUGUACCGCAGAUAUGGUCAGGGAUACCACAUUUGCUGCAAUGGACGGGAAUUUUCAACAGGAUGCGAAAUUGGGGAUUAUCACGUCAGUGAGCAAUUUGAUUUUAACAAUAUGACCGGAUUUGUGACCACCCAGCCACCCCUAAGUGGCUACGAGUGCUCAACAGCUGACAUCUUUGCCGUAGACUGCGAGAUGUGCUACACAGUAGAGAAUUUGGAACUAACAAAGAUCUCCGUGGUGGACAUCAAUGGGAAUGUUGUGCUGGAUACGCUCGUUAAGCCACAUAAUCGGAUCAUUGACUACAAUACCCGAUUCUCAGGAAUUACGAAGGAAAUGAUGGACAGUGUUACAGUAGAUCUAGCCUGGGUCCAGCAGAAGCUACUCUCAAUGUUCCACUCCCAAACAAUCCUCGUUGGACAUAGCUUGGAUCAUGAUUUGUUGGCUCUCAAGAUGGUCCAUAGCUGCGUUGUGGAUACUUCGAUUCUCUUCCCACACCGACUUGGACUACCCAGACGGCAGGGACUUGUGCAGAUCUGUGAGAAAUUGCUGGGAAGGACUAUUCGAGCCCGUGGGCACGAUAGCUCUGAAGAUGCCGAUGCCUGCAUUCAACUGCUGAAAUAUCACAUCCGAACUCGCUUGAUGUAA